UUCAGGGCUCUCUGCGAUGGGAAAUCUACAAUUUGCGGCGGGUGGGCUUUUGAUAUAUUGCGACGGCUGCCGGGGGAUAUUACCGGGCUACGUCAUCCGAUAUCGCAGUAGGGCUGAGCUUACUGAGCCUCCGAAAGCGUUCAAAACUUUGGAAUCACCAAUUGACUGACCUGCAUAUUGACUCGCACCUCAGCACACGACACCCUAAACCACUUCAAAUAAAAUAACAAUGUCAGACUUUCCUCCUCCACCAGUCGAUACCAUUGACUGGAGCAACGUGGGCUUCAAGAUCCGGGAAGUCGCUGGCCAUGUUGAAUCACACUACUCUAAAGAGACCGGGAAAUGGACCCCUCCAGUCUUUGUCGAGGAUCCAUUCCUACGUAUUCAUGGUAUGGCACCGGGCCUAAAUUACGGAAUGCAGUGCUACGAGGGCAUGAAGGCUUUCCGUGCACCAAACAACACUAUCAAUAUCUUCAGGCCGAACAAAAACGCUGAGAGGAUGCAGCACUCAGCGUCUUUCAUUUCCAUCCCGGAGGUGCCGACAGACCAUUUCCUCGCCUGCUGCAGUAUGGCCGUGGGAAUGAACGCGGCGUAUGUACCGCCCCAUGAAACAGGCGCCGCAAUGUAUAUCCGACCACUGCUCUUCGGUAGCUCAGCGCAACUUGGCCUGAAUCCGCCCCAGGAGUACACCUUCGUAGUCUACUGCAUCCCGACUGGUGUCUACCAUGGCUCAAACCCAGUAGAUGCAGUCAUCCUUGAGGACUUUGACCGCGCCGCGCCAGAGGGCACUGGAUCGGCAAAGGUUGGCGGCAACUACGCUCCAGUAUUACGGCAUAGCGAGAAGGCGUACAAGGCAGGCUACGGCAUCACCCUGCAUCUGGACAGCAAGACAAGGAGCGUUGUUGAUGAGUUCUCAACAUCUGCCUUCAUUGGCGUAAAGAAGGACGGCGAAAAGGUCAAGCUCAUCGCAUCCAACAGCAAGAACGUCAUCCAGAGUGUCACAGGAGACAGUGUUCUCAGAAUCGCCGAAUCCUUUGGCUGGGAAGCCGAGUCGCGAGAGAUCGCCUAUGACGAACUCAAGUCCUUCGACGAAGUCCUUGCUGCUGGAACCGCGGCGGCUCUUGUGCCCAUAAAAUCCAUCACUCUGCCUUCCAAGAACGACAAGUUCACAUACGCAGAGGCACAGCAAGAACCAGGCCCAGCAUGCAAGAAGCUCCUCUCAACCUUGAAGGGUAUCCAACAAGGAAAGAUCGAGGACAAGCAGAGCUGGUUGUUCAAGGUAGAGAGGCCAGAGCAGUUCGGAAAGCAAGACCGGGCAAAUGGUGCCAAGAUAGUUGGACAACUGCCUUAGAAAGACGUGUCAAACAAGGUUCAAGCGUAUACCAUAUAAAAAUCGCAAGAGUCCGAAUGAUCGCCACCAAAGUUACAACCCGCACAUAGUUGAACUUUUACAUCUACACGAAGGAUUUGUGAAUAGUGUGACGCUGAUAAAAACAAACAUGGAU